UCACCAUCGGGGCAGACGAGGAGAACACCAUGCCGGAAACUGAUCACAAGGCUGAGGGGUCCUCAUCACCGGAGAAGGCUGCUUCUUCCCGGCUGUUCUGCUGUACCUCAGUGAGGCGAUGGAUCCCUCUGGCCCUCAGGGAGGAGAUCUAUCAUAUCAUGCAGUUGGUCGGACCCCUGCUUGUGUGCCGCACCCUCAAUUACCUGCUGCCUGUGGUCGUGACGAUGUUUGUGGGUCGUCUUGGGACCAGCGCACUGGCAGGUUACGCCAUGGCCUGUGCUAUUUAUAAUAUGACGGGUGCAGCAACAGGGAUUGGAUUAUGUUUUGCCUGUGACACACUCAUUGCUCAGACGUUUGGUGCAAGAAACCUGCAGCGUGUGGGGGUGAUCCUGCAGAAGGGCAUCAUCAUCCUGUUGAUCCACACUCUGCUCUGCUGGGCGCUGCUGGUCAACACAAGGGCCAUCCUGCUAGUGCUGGGACAGGAGCCCGAGGUGGCCAGGAUAGCUGAGAUAUAUGUGAUGGCAUACCUGCCUGCUCUUCCGGCUUUGUUUAUGCACCAAUUGCUGACCUCCUAUCUACAAAACCAGGGAAUUAUUCCUCCAAUGGUGUAUUCCGCAAUAAUGUCCAACGUUGCAAGUGUGUUGACCAACUAUGCCCUGGUGUCCUGGUUGGACCUUGGAAUCAUAGGUUCUGCCGCAGCCAACUCCCUCUCCAUCAUUUACAACCUGCUGUUCCUGUUCCUCUACAUCUGGCUGAGGAAACUGCAUGUCAACACCUGGGGAGGCUGGAGCACGGACAGUCUGCAAGAGUGGGGCUCCUUCAUGAAGCUGGCCAUCCCCAGUCUCUUCAUGUGCUGUCUGGAGUGGUGGGUCUACGAAAUCGGAGGAUUUCUAGCAGGCAUGCUAAGUGAGCUGGACUUAGCUGCUCAGCACGUGGUCAUUAUGUUGGCCUACAUUAACUACAUGAUCCCUUUAGGUGCUCAGGGAGCUGCCUGCAUUCGUGUAGGGAAUGCGCUGGGUGCAGGAGACACUGCAGGGGCCAUCCUGACCACCAAAGUGGUUCUGAUUGCCACAGCUGUGUUGGCUGUUAUUCAGUGUAUUGUCCUUGGCGCCACAAAAGAUUUUAUUGGAUACAUUUUUACAGAUGAUGUCACCAUUGCAGCAGUAGUUUCAAAGCUCUUUGAUGUCUACGCUGUUAUGCAGUUUUUUACUUCACUAACGUGUGUCAGCAUGGGCAUCCUCCUAGGUAUGGGCCAACAGAAGGUAGCUGCUGUGGCCCACUUUGUGUCGUACUACAUCGUUGGCCUUCCGGUCCUCAUCGCAUUGAUGUUCGCUGCUAAACUAGAUGUUCUUGGCUUUUGGCUUGGGCUGUUCAUUGCAACAGUAAUGCUGACAGUCAUCUGCAUUGUAGUCCUCUUUAAGCUGGACUGGAAGAAAAUGACCAAAGAGGCAGUAGAACGAGCGGGCAAAACAGUAUGUUUGGAAUUAAUGACGUCCUUAUCAGAGCCUGAACCCGAUCUUCUGACUUCAGGAAGCAAGCGUGUGGUUCAGGCUGAAAACGGUCAUGGGUCAUUGGUCUAUCAGGAGUUGGAGGGACUGAAGGCACCCGUCUCAGAAAGCCAGCAUCAUCAGCCGGCAGCUCUGCUCUCCUCCUCCCAACUGCUCCUGAGGAGAGGACUCACCACUCUGGCUGCCCUCCUCAUCCUCGCAGUGGGAAUCAGCGUUCACCUCCUCAUGCCCCUUCCAGAGUCGUCAUGGAGCUCAGUUGGCAACGCCACCAUGGAGGAUGGAAACUGGACCACCACAGCCUCACCACUGGAACAGAGUACUGUCAUUUCUCUAACUGAACUACUGUAGACAUGAGAAGAACACAGUUGGUUUGACCAAAUAGGCAGAUUAGCCAACUGCCUAGGGCCCAUGGAUGUGUCAUUAUGUCAAUCUCAAACAUUUUAUGAUAUUAGUGUAAGUUUUAAUUUACGGUAAAUACAGCCUCAAAAAUGUUUACUUUUCAUAAAACGUUCAAGACAUUGACAUAAUGCUUAUGACUUGUUCAGGGGUGGAUUAAGAAAUUAUGGGCCCCUGGGCCAGACACUGUCUUGGCCCCCCAUACCCCCCAAAAAAACGCACCUUGACCCUGCUAAUCAGACAUAAGAAAACUACACACAGUGCUCACAGCUAGCAGGUAAUUGGACAUACGAUCCCCCCUGUGCUAUAGAGUUGGGAUGCUAGUAUAAAACUAUAUACGUGUUUAGUGUGUGUGCAGAGGCACAGCAACACCCCUGCUGUUGGUGGGUAGACAUUUUGUGUAGGGGGGUGUUGGGUACCUCCCCCAGGACAUUUUGUAUUUUUUAGAUGCGAUUUCCUGCAUUCUAAUCAAUUUCAGGGCAAGGAAUGGCAAAUCCCAUCUGGCCACGCAUUUGAUGCUAUGCUGAGAUAACUAUCCAUCAGUCAUUAUGACUGAAAGCCCAAAAGCACAACUUUAAAUGCUGAAUCCACCAAACAGUAGGUAGGCCUACACACAAGUUAUUUUUGUAGAACCACAAUCAAUGGUAGCAACUCAUGAACUCAAAUAAAUGGAAAGAUAAUUAUUGCAAAGGUGGUUUUGAAGGCUGGAUUGGGUCGUGGCCAUGGGGCCAGAUUAGCCUGGCCUCUUAGCCCUUUGGGCCCCUCACACUUGGACCUGACUUGGCCUGUGGGACUAUACCAGUUCAUUGUACACUAUAUUGGCUGGCACAUGAAGCAUCUUGGAAAGGUUAUUAUUGCAAAGGCAGUUUUGAAGACCGGUUUGGGUCGUGGCUGAGGGGCCAUGUUGGCCUGGCCCACUGUGGGUCGAGGCCAUGGGGCCAAGUUGGCCUGGCCACUUGGGGCCUUGGCCCUUUGGCCCCCUGGACCUGGCUUGGCCUAGGGACUAUAUCAGGACAUUGUACACUAUAUUGGCUGGCACGUGAAGCAACUUGGAAAGAUAAGUAUUGCAAAUGUGGUUUUGAAGGCCAAUUUGGGUCGUGGCCGUGGGGCAAAGUUGACCUGGCCCCCUGGGCCUGGGCCCGGUAGGCCCGCUCAUUAAUCCAGCCCUGGACUUGUCCAUGGCGGUGUCAUGUGUAUGUACUGUAUGAUGCUGUCGUCAAGUAAAGUGUUGAUGAAAACAUUGAUUUAAACUAAAAAAUGAGACCAGAGAUUUGGGCCAGAAUCACCCUGAAAAUUGUUUCUGAUGAACACUGAGCAAAGUCUCGUGCUUCCUUCUACACCUGUUCAUAGUAAAUGUAAUGGUCGUUUUGAAAAAUAUCCUGGAGUUGGUUCUAUGCUUUGCUUUUCAUAGCGAGCAACGAGAAAUGCCAACCACCAGGAUGGUAGAGAAACAGUAUGUAUAUUCUUUGGACAGUAAUUUUCCGUCGUAAAACAUUUUGUAUUUAAUAUUUGUAUUUAAAAACAUAUUUGAUCAUCUGCAUAGACGUUACCAAUAUUGUACAUAUUGCUUGAUUUCAGAUGAACUUUCUUAACAAAGACAUACAGUUAAACUCUCUAUCUAAUGACACUUGGGAUAGAAAAAAUGGUUUGAUCUUAAAGUUUUUUUUAUUUUAUUAUGAAAACCUUUAUAGUAAAAAUUAAUUUACAAUAAAAAUAAAUAUUUUCUGUUCAUUCAUUUAUACCACAUAUUAUCCUGAGAUUCAAUUUUUGUACUUAUUUUGCAAACUUGUGAUUGUCAAAUACUGUGUGAAACACUGGUUGUACAUAUAACUGACACGGUAAAGCUAAAACAAAAGCAUAGCAUCUCAGCUCAGUCUGCAGUCCAGAAUCCAAAAAGUUCAUUAUCCUCCAAUUCUGGAGUGAAGCCAAGGCCCCCAAAAACAGAUCACACCGAUGGAUUAUCUCCAGGAGCAUAGCAGCAAAUUGUGGGCAUUAUGUACAAUCAGCUCCAAUG